UGCGUCGUUGUUGUGGCAACGGGCACGCGUUCUGCUGAGGCUUCCAAGAUGGCGGCGAACCAAUGGAGCCGGGUGGUUCGGGAAGUGAAGGGACACAAGCCGUUUUGCUUCGGGAUUCGGGCCAAAUUUCCCAAGCCAAAUGUUGUUGGAAAGCAACUUAUUGUCUGGAGGGAACAAGAAAGGUUACGCCAUGAAGCUGAAAUGCAUGUCAAGGCCCAUCAGAUUGGCCAACAGGUCAAUGAAAUGGAGGAAGUGGAUGAACGCAAACGCCUCCACCGUCUUGUCCAACAGAAGGUUGAUGUGGAAAUGCAGAGCUACCUGGCAGGAGAAGAGGAGAGGAGAAAAAGGCUACUGAAUCUCCUGGAAGCAGAGGAAAAAGGUUACUUCACUGAAAUGGAAUCACUAGAAGAAACCAUGGGGGACCGACAAAAGGAUAUGAGAACAAGAGCAAAAGAGCUAAGAGAGAAGAGGGAGGAAGCCAGGAGGAAAGUUGCGGCAGAAAAAAGGGAGCAGCAGUUCAGAGAAACUUGUGAGGAGCUGCGGACACAGUGGAGCCAGAAGCACUUGUUGGAGGUGUGUGAAGACCGCCUGGCUCAGCUGGCCCUGAAGGAGGAACUGAAGAAGCAGAAAGCACAGGAGGAGGCCAACUUUGCAGCUCUCUGGGAAGCGGACAGGCUGGCGAAGGAGAAGCGGGCAAUGGAGGAUGCCCAGAAGAGAUCUGGUCGUAAUGACGACAUGCUUAACAUGCUUAACACUCAGCGGGCGAUAGCAGAAGCUCAGAAGCAGGAGGACAGGCGGCUGAAGGAAGAAGAGGCUAAACUGAUGGAAGAAGACCGGCAGCUGAUGAAACUGGAGAAUGAACGUGCUGAGAUAGAAAGAAGGAGGAAACUCAGAGAGUGUGGCGACAUGUUGCUGGAUUCCAUGAAGGAGAAGAGGAAGCGUCUCAAUGAAGAAAAGGAAGAGGAGUUGGCAUUAGAUAUGAAGAUCUUGGACCAUGUCCUUCAAGAAUCCUUGGAGGACACUGAGAGCCAAAGGCAAAGGAAAAGAGAGCUCUUGAAAGAGCAGACGACCUAUCAGGCAUACCUGGCUCAACAGAGAGAGGAGGAGAAGCAGCGGGAGAAAGAAAUGGACAAACUGCGAGCCGAAGACUCUGCCAAGAUGUGGGCAAAGAGGGCUGAAAAGGCGAAGGCCCUGAAAGACGCCAGGGAUGGUUUGCUGAGAGAGGUCAUGGAGACAAGGCGGCUUCAAAUUGAGGAGAAAUUGCAAAGAAAUGCCCAUGAACAAGAGGAACUUUUCCGGGACAGAGAGUUAUUAAAUGCAGCCAUUGAAGAACACAAACGUCAAGAAGAGGAAGGAUAUUUGAGGGGUGUUCAGCAAGCAAAGAAAUAUCGGGAAGAACUCCAAGCUCAGAUGGACUACAUCAAUCGGGCCCAUGCUUCUGAAAAGGAGGAGCAGCAGAGAGAAUAUGCCACGGCACAGGAAGUAGAAAGGCUUUUCCAGCAGAAGAUCGCAGAUGUCUUGUCAAGACCUUACAUGAGAAUGAAAGACCUCCAUCCUCUACGGAGGCACCUCAUCAGUAGCUCACAGUCUUAGAGUCAGUUAAAUCUGUGUAAUAGGUAUUUAUACUCGUGGCAUUUAAAACGGUCCAGUGGCCGAUAAAGCCUGAUGGUGCUUCGUGAUUGAUGGAAGGAAAGAUUUCCACAAAGGUCACAUGUCGAGUUUUUUUCCAAUCUGUGCUUAAAACUUGUAGAACUUAAAUAAAGAAUUCUGAAGAAAGAAAUC